AAAGUCUUGAGUCUGACUUCAGUUCAGGAGAGACCAUGUCCGCCGUCAUAGGCAAGCUACACUCACCUCUGCUCUCAUUUAAAACUCAUUCUUCAUGAAAUAACAGUAACUUGGGGCCUGCAGGAUGGCCAACUCGGGUGCUGUUCAGGUGAAACUAGAACUUGGUCACCGUGCCCAAGUCAGAAAGAAACCCACCGUGGAAGGCUUUACCCAUGACUGGAUGGUGUUCGUCCGAGGACCAGAGCACAGCAACAUUCAGCACUUUGUGGAGAAAGUAGUUUUUCACCUGCACGAAAGCUUUCCUAAACCAAAAAGAGUUUGCAAGGAUCCACCAUACAAAGUGGAGGAGUCUGGAUACGCAGGCUUCAUCUUGCCUAUUGAAGUUUACUUCAAAAACAAGGAAGAACCGAAGAAAGUUCGCUUUGACUACGACCUGUUCCUCCACCUGGAGGGCCACCCACCUGUCAAUCAUCUCCGCUGUGAGAAGCUCACCUUCAACAACCCAACGGAGGAGUUUCGUAGGAAGCUACUGAAAGCUGGAGGGCAGCGGGAUCCUCAUAAACGAAGUUCAGAAGACUCAAAAGUGAUGGUGAUGCAGGAAGGCUCCACCUCACUGUUUGGCCAGCACCUGAAGCUGCCCACACUUCCCAACAGCUCGCUCACAUCCACGUUCUCCGACCCAAAGAAGAGCAAAAGCUUCCUUGGGUCAAAGGAUGGCUCCAAAGGAAGUGGCACCACCCUCCUCACCACCGCCACAACCACCAGCACCAACAGCAGCAGCUUCUCCAAACUCCACAAACCUUCCAAGGACCAUAAAGACAAGCCCCCAAAAGACUUGAAAGAACCCAAAAGUGCCUUCAGAGACUCUAGCUGGGAAACCAGCAAAGCCCCCAAAGAACCUUCCAGGAAACCCAAAGAGAACCAGCCACUUAGAGAUAUCAAUCCUAAGAUGGGCUUCAAGGAACCCAAGUCUUUGUCCAAGGAGCAUCGGACUGAGGGGAUCACCCACGGGUCAGGGCUGAACAAGCGUCUGUCCGCGCCUGAUGGCGACGAUCAUGCGGCCAAAAAACGUAAAAAGGGAUUUGUAGAUUCAUCGGGGAAGCAGCUGUUGGGUUCAGAUGCUCAACAUUCAGAUAAUAAACUGUUGAAGGAUAGAUCGCAAAUUCGAACAAAUAAAUUACGACCAGAUGGUGAAGAGACUGAGCGCAGGAAGGUUUCAAAACUUCCUCCAUUCCAGCAACUGGUGGAUCCCAAUGACUCUGAUAUGGAGGACCAGUCCACCAAAUCAGAUUCUGAACAGCCCAGUCCAGCCAGUUCCAGCUCCAGCUCAGGCUUCGUGCCCACACACCACAAACGACAAGUGGUGGACUUCAUCAUCAGGAAGAGGGUGGCUCUUCCUGCCACCACCCACACAGUUCUGGGCCCGCUGCAGUCAGUGAUGCAGGAUCUGCACUCAGACGACAAUGACGAGGAUUCAGAGGACGAUGAUGACAACGACAUGGACUCUGACAUGGAGCGACUCGCACACACACACCUCACACACCACCAACGCAGGGUCAGUUUGAGUGAUGGCAGUGAGAGUGACAGCUCCUCGCCCUCGACCCCCUCCCACAACGAGGCCCCGCCCUUAUUAAAGACUACUAAUAACCAGAUACUGGAGGUGAAGAGUCCCACCAAGCAGAGCAAACAGGACAAGAACAAGAACAUAGACUGUGACAAGGCAUACCUGGAUGAGCUGGUGGAGCUGCACAAAAGACUGAUGACACUAAGAGAAGGCCACAUACUGCAACAGAUUGUGAACCUGAUUGAAGAGACUGGACACUUCCACAUCACAAACACUACUUUUGACUUCGACCUUUGCUCCUUGGACAGAAGUACAGUUAGGAAACUCCAGAGUUACCUGGAAACCUCGGGACUGUCCUGAGGCUCUGAGCAGCUGGCUGCUGGAUCUCUGUCUCCACAAAGACUUUCCAUUUUUCUUGAAUAAACUCCCAACUUUGGAUGCAAUGCAAAAGCCCCACUGUGGCUGGGUCCAGUUGCUGUGUGUCCAGCCUGCUGCUGGACUGGGCUCUCUGGAUGAAGAGGUCGUCCCACUGCAGACACCAGGGCCAGGUGUGGUGGGGACGAGCCCUGUCGAUCAGGAGAUCACCCGGAAAGCCUUGAAAACUUCACUUGAUUUAAAAAAUAAAAAAUAAAAAAUAAAAAAAUUGUGGGGAGUGGCUACCGUGUUGCUCUUAAUGAAUGUGCAUAUUGUUACCAUGUAUGUUUCUUGAUUUGUUGUUCAUUGUGACAAAUGCAUGGUCAACAUUGCCUUAUAACAUUGUAAGUCUUAUUUAUUGAAUUUAAUUUGCAGGUGUGUGUGUGUGUGUGUGUGUGUGUGUGUGUGUGUGUGUGUGUGUGUGUGUGUGUGUGUGUGUGUGUGUGUGUGUGUGUGUAUUUGAAAUGGCUAAAAAGGAGAACUCAGCAGAAGAGACUUUGUUAAAGCACUUCACAACAGGCGUAUCUUUGAUUCUGUGACAUCACUACAACGUUCAGUAUGUCACUAACUUGAAUUAAAAUCAAAUAUCAGACUGAAUAAAUUCAAUAUUCAAAUAGGAACAAAAAACUGCCACAGCAGUCGUGAAGGUGACUCUUCAUAAAAAACAUUAUACAUUUGUGAAAAUUGAUUUUGUUUUAGCAAAAGCUCAUUUUAAGUCAGCAAUUUACAUUAUGCAAAAAAAUGUUUUCAGCAAUGGAGGGGAAUAGUUCAGAUAACAGCAAUUAGUCCUGUAUUUUCAAAGUAAAAGUAGAGCUUGGACUGGAAAAGGGCUUUAACCCGAUCCGGUUGUGGCCCCAUCUUUGGAGACAGAAAUUGUGGUUGAGUUCUAAGAAGCUUGUUGGAGAACUACAGCGAAGAGUAAAGAUGGGAUCCACAAAGAUCAAAACAUUGGCUACAAGAUUAAACUUUGGCUGUACACAAAUGUAGCCGACCUCUGCACCUCCACACCACUGACCAAUUUUUAAAAAAAUCAUCUGUUUCCAAACAUUACAAAAAUUGUUGGACACAGAUUCUACAUUUCCCUAAUUUAAAAAGACGUGAUGUACAUCAUUAGACGAUCUGACCGGCACUUUGUUGAGUCAUUCUUCUGUUUCUAUUAAAGCCUCUACAUGUAGAAAAGUGGUCGUACACCUCAGCCUCUUGGAUCUGACCAACUGUGAUUUUUCUACAAACAAAGAAACAGAACAGUGUCUUUAAAUGCCCACCUGGCCAAAUAAUAUAUUGUGUUUCUAUUACAGAAUUUCUUUUCAACACGACUUGCAUGUGGCAGUUUUUUAUUCCCAUACUUUGACACUGUAUGGAGUAAGACAAGAGUGUCUGAGCACAAAUCAAUGAGGUGAAAGUUCUCCUGAGAAUGAAUUCUGUGCUGAUCUGCUCAUUGGCUGCAACCUAAACAAAGCUUUGUUGUGUUGGCUGGUUUUCUGCUGCAGGGCCAAUGGAACAUGCCAAAAGCAUAGUUAAUAGAUUCACUUGGUUUAGGAUACUACUAAUGAUUGUCUAUAGAAUAUGAUUUAAAUGAAAUCUUCUCUUUGCCAUCAAGGGAAAUGGAUUUGUGGAACAGACCCAAGCCCUAAAGGAGGAGACGGAGAAGCGCCUCUCUCCAUGAUGUCAGACGAGUAAAGAAACAGCUCCUGCAUCUCUCAGAUGUGUGAUGACAUGUUUUGGGUAAAUCCAAUGGGGAAAAGAAAGAGCCAAUGAAAAGUGAUCAUUUUGUCUGACAGGUACUGUUACGGGUGUAAGAAAAAGAAAAACAUCUUUUUUUUUUUUUUUUUUAUUUUGUGGAAGUUUUGAGUUAAGUCAAAGCUCAGCAUUAGUUUUCCAAGGAGAAAGCCUUUGUUUGAUUUGUAACAGAGGAAACCUCUGCCGUCUGAUAAAGUGAAGUUCAGAACGGCCAACUGUGGUCGUCCUUUCCAAAUGACCUUGAAGGGUUUUCUUUGCCCUGUGUUCUGUCUAAUGGUUUCCUGUGUAUUUUGAGGACAUACAAUAAAUAUUCUGUAUGAUGUACAGAUGAGUUAAGCGA